AUGGAAGAAGCGCAGGUUUACUGCACGAGGAUGGCUGUUGCCUGUCACAUGCAGGACAAGUUUGCUCUCCUGUUUGGCCUGAUCUGCGGUUUGGGCCUUGAAAGAGCAUUCCUGCUGAAGACCUGGGCUAUGCUGGCACAGGUUAAGGAGCUGAAUGUGCAGCAAUGCCAGUGUUGCAGUGGCGCCCAUUUCGGGGGUGUACUUGGUAUUGUGUGUGGGUGGAAGCUGGGACCUCCUGUGCAAUGCAAUACGGGUGAAGCCACAAAAGGGAGUACAGUGGCGUGUGGGCCAAUAGUCAGUUCCUGUUGUUUGGGACAGGGGUUUCCUGCGGAUCAAGCGAUGAUGGCUCUGGCACUGCGUGAAUUUCAACUUGUGUGGGUAGCCAAAGUUGCUGAAGGGUAUUGGGAAGGGAUUCUGCUGCCUCUCCCUCGGGGUGCAUUGUGCCUACGAUAG